AUGUCCCGUUCGGAGGACUCCCUCGGUCGGCGGGAAUCGCGUCGGUCCCGGUCCCGGUCUCGGUCCCGGUCGCCAGCCCGGUCGGAUGUGGCCGCCAGUGAGCGCUCCUCUUCCAGUCGCCGCGCCCGGAAUCGAAGCCGCAGCCGCAGCCGCAGCCGCAGCCGGUCGUCGCGUUCGCGGCGCCGGUCGUCUCGCUCCGUGAGCCGAUCGCCCUCCGGCAGGCGGUCGCGACGCCGUGACAUCGAUGACAAGGACCCCCGGCGGAGCCGCCGGCGGUCCCUUUCGGCCGAUGCCUCCCGGUCCCGGUCGCGAUCUCGGUCGGCUGGCAGCGGGUCCGACGAUGACCGGGGCGAGCGCCGGCGUCGGCGCCGGGACAGCCGCCGGGACUCAGAUCGCGAACGUCGGCGCCGGCGUCGGCGCCGGUCUCGGUCCCGGUCGGCCUCCUCCGGGGAUGACAGCGACUCGUCCCGGGAGCGGAGCAGCCGGCGUCGCCAUCGGCGCUCGCGGCGCCGCGACAGCCGGUCAUCCUCGCGUGAGCGUCGUAUCGAAGCCCGCGAGCGGGCCGAGCGCGCGGCCAAGCGCCAGAGCGAGUCCUCUUCCAUUGGCAAGUAUGGCUUCAUCCGCAUUGAAGACCGCCACACCAAGGAGCAGGAGUUCAUGGCCUGGCUGCAGGAGGUGAAGAAGGAGCGUCCGGACCAGAUCUCCCGCCAGCAGGAGCGCUCUCUCUUCAUGGAGUUCGCCAGCCUCUACAAUGCGGGCUCCCUUCCUGACCAGAAGUACUACGACUACGACGCCUGGCUGGCGAAUCCGAACCGUGGUCGGUCGGCCGGUCGGCUCGGCCGCGGGUCCUCCCUGGCCGAUUUGGCGGCCCUGGACGAUCCCUUUGCCGAGGACGAUGCCGGGCUGAUGUCGAUGGUGGCGAACGAUGCGGACUCCCUGCGGUCUGCCCAGCGCGCGCGGAGCCAGGCAGCCGCCGAUAGCAUCCGGAAUAUCCUGGCCGCGGACCAAAGCCGCAUCGACGAGCUGCGCCGGGUGGCCGAGGAGCGUGCGCAGCUCAGCCGCGAUCGGUCCUUCGGCAUCAAGAGCAAGUCCGGGCUCGGGGUGAUCCACGAGCGCCGGUAUGACUGACAAUCACGUGGUAAUACAUUCCUCUGGCCCGCCCUGCCCCGGCCGCGGCUCCCCGUCUCGCGUUCCGUCGUGGGUGUGUAUGUGUGUGUGUGUGUG